CCGACUCCUAACUUGGACCCUUCUCUACUUUUUUCUUCUAAAAACGAUUGGAGAUCAUUUUUAAUGAGGUUUUGGUGGGGUUUUCGGGAAUUCAGUAUACGGCGACCUUCGUGAUGAAACAUUUACUGAAACGACUAUUUCAAGUCUCACAAAGUGAUUUCCGUAGACCUAAUGGUCGGAAUUCUGUUCUACGGAUAGUAGCGUUAGCAGCUGGAGCUAGUCUUAUAGGGUUUCACAAUGGCCGUGGAGAUUUUAAAACAAGAAUAUCAGCAUCAAUCUCUCCACAAUUUUCAUUUGCAUGGCUAACAAGAGAAGAAUUAUUACCUCUUGGAGGAGAAACUGCACUUGAUAAAACUUCUUGGAAAUCAGGGAAUAGUUUUUCACGAAUUAGUUCUGCCUGGUCUAAGGGAUUACCUGAUAUAAAGAAGGAAAUGUCUGGUGAAGAUGGAAAGGAUGGUAGAGAAGGUUGUCAUGGAUGUUUAGGUAGAGACUCUAUUGCUUCAGCAGCUGCUUUAGUUGGUCCUGCUGUUGUCAAUAUAUCUGUGUCACAAGGUUAUCGAGGAAUGACGUUGGGGAAGAGUAUAGGAUCAGGAACUCUUAUUGAUUCUGAUGGUACAAUCUUAACUUGUACUCAUGUUGUGGUAGACUUUCAAAGCACGAAAAAAGUCUCUAAAGGAAAGGUUGAUGUUACCUUGCAAGAUGGUCGAACAUUUGAGGGCACCGUUGUGAAUGCUGAUCUUCAUUCGGACAUUGCCGUAGUUAAAAUCAAUUCUAAAACUCCUUUACCAUCAGCAAAGCUCGGUUCAUCAAUUAAGAUGCGUCCAGGGGAUUGGGUGGUAGCAAUGGGCUGCCCUCUCUCUUUACAAAAUACUGUUACUGCUGGUAUUGUGAGUUGUGUUGAUCGUAAAAGUAGUGAUCUGGGUCUUGGAGGGAUACGGAGAGAGUAUUUACAGACUGAUUGUGCAAUUAAUCAGGGAAACUCUGGCGGACCACUCGUCAAUCUUGACGGAGAAGUUGUUGGGGUCAAUAUUAUGAAGGUAUUUGCUGCUGAUGGUUUGAGCUUUGCUGUGCCAAUCGAUGCCGUCUCUAAAAUUAUAGAGCACUUCAAGAAAAAUGGGAGAGUUGUCCGGCCUUGGCUUGGGUUGAAAAUGCUUGAUUUGAAUGAUAUGAUUGUAGCUCAGCUCAAGGAAAGAGAUAUUUCGUUUCCAAAUGUUAGCAAGGGUGUGCUUGUACCUAUGGUAACACCAGGUUCUCCUGGUGACCGUGCUGGAUUUUUCCCUGGUGAUAUUGUUAUUGAGUUCAAUGGCAUCCCUGUUGCAAGCAUCACAGAGAUUAUCGAUGCUAUGGGAGACAAGGUCGGAAAGCCCUUGAAAGUGGUUGUAAAGAGAGGGAACAAUAAGGUAGUGAAUUUGACUGUGGUUCCUGAGGAGGCUAAUCCGGACUCUUAGUAUUAACCUUUUCUGUAUUUACUUGUUUUCUGAAGACGCCUGUCAGCCAACAGUCCUUUUAGUAUUUAAUGUGUUAUGCCCUUGGGUCAUUGUAUAUAUGUUAGUGAUGUAACCGUUAAUGGCUUAUGAUUCUGGGACCAAAACUUUGGUAGGAAGUUACUACAGUAGAACCUCUAUAAGAGGAAAUUGGUAUCAAACAGUCGAGAAGAUCAAUUUCGGGAACACAAUUUCACUCGGUUCUUUUUCGUUUUUCUUUUUGCGCCAACAACUGUCUAGUACAGUGGUUAUGGCACCCAUUUCGUCCAUAGUACGGGCGGAAGGUUUCCUCCGUAGAUAGAAGAUCUCCCAUUUUAACCAAUUUCCACUUUGGAUAGUCUAGCUUGCUAGGUCCGCUCAGAGGGUGGGCUUAGCUGUGUUGUAUCAGGUUUUUUUUCUUUUUUUGGUAAACUGUGUAUAUUUACUUUUGGUACACUGGCAACUACAGCAGGGGCAUUAUAAAGA